GCACCCUCCAAACCCUCCUGCCUUCUUAUCCAGUCCAUAAAAGCAGCGUGUGUUUGUGCAGAGGUUUGGCUGCUUCCGAGCUCAGAGCUGCCUCUUCUCCUGCCUCAGGACGAGGAAAGGCAGCAUCUUUCACAUCUCAGCUCCACGACACGGGGAGAUAUCCCAGCUCCAGGCUGGAGUUGGGAAUUCCUGGGAUAAAUGGGUCUCCAGCACACCAAAGCCUCGGUGAAGCGAGCCAACAUCGUGAUGCUGGGGCUGGAUUCUGCGGGGAAAUCCACGCUGCUCUGCAGGUUCAGGUAUAAAGAUGCUUUUCUGACAAUGCCAACCAUCGGCUUCAAUGUGGAUAUGAUCGAAGCAGGGAAGGAUUUCACGCUGACCUUCUGGGAUGUUGGAGGGCAGAAGAAAAUGAGAGAGCUCUGGAAAAAUUUCCUGGAGGACACAGACGGGCUGCUGUACGUGGUGGACAGCUCGGACAAGCGCCGGCUGGAGGAAUCACGGAGAGAAUUUGAGCUCGUUUUAAAGAACGAAUCUCUCAAAAACGUCCCAGUGGUCCUGCUGGCCAACAAACAGGAUUUGCCCGGAGCUCUGAACGCUGAGGAGAUCACCAGGAAGUUCAAGAUGAAGAAGUACUGCAGUGACAGGAACUGGUACGUGCAGCCCUGCUGUGCCAUCACGGGACAAGGGCUGGAAGAAGCUUUCCAGAGAGUGUCCACCUUUGCCAAGCAGUUCAGCAGGUCCAAGGAGACCUUCAGCCUGAAGGAAUUCAAUACCCUCUAAGAAUUUCUACCUUCCAAUUCUGGUGACUGUGAACAGAUUUUGUUGGACAGAUUAAGUCUGGAAAGACUGGAUUCUGGAGAAUUUUUACAUAUCAAUAUUUAUAAAGGACUUGGUAAAUAUUUAUAAAGAACUUGGACAAUGUGAAAUCCUGUUAUACCUGCAGAUACUUGAUGUACCUGAUGGGAUAUCUCAUACCUGAAAUAGGACUCUGUAGCACUUUAUUAUUAUUUUUUUAUUGACUUGGGCUUAUUCAGUUGAAAUUGAAUGAUGAGAAAGGGGCAGUUGAGCAGGUGGAAACAAAAUAGGUGAGCAGUGUUCAAGUUAUGCUUAAAUCAAUGCAGAUUGAAAUCAAUUUUGUUAAGGUGUAAACCAGCCAAGCUGCUCAGUCAGCAAUGACCCAAUAAUUGUAAUAAAUGCUCCAUGGAUGUUUUUCUCAUGUAAAAAUGGAGUGGGGUUAGAGCUUCAGCUCUCAGAGAACUUGCUGGAGGUUUCUGCAUCCUAGAAACAAUUCCUGCAGAGAUUGUGACGAGCAGGAUGUGCUCCUUGCCUGUGCCGUUGUCCCAGAUAUCCGAGUGCUGCUUCCCUCAUUCCUGCCCUGCUGGAUUUCCCUCUGGACAGGAGAUGGAGCCCAGUGUGGCCUCAGCACAGGGCAGAGCCAAACCCCAGGGUUUUGUGGGCAUUUCCAAGCAUGGAAGUUGUGGCUGGGGUCCUCCUGAGCCCCUAG